UCACGAGAGGGAAGUUGUGUGUGUGCCUGAAGCGCUAUAUCUUUUGCUGAUUAGGUGUAGGCAUACGUCUUCCUAGAAGCAAUAUAUUUAUUCAAAUACUUGUUUAACGUCCAGGCUACUUUUGUUGACAAAGAGUCUGAAGUUAAUUCUUUCAUGCCACUCUUGAUGUGAAGUUCUGCAGCAGUGCUCAGCUCACAUUUAAAAUGUGCAAGUUUUUAUUACAGCUAUUAAUGUGUUGCAUUAUCUAAAUGUUUUGUCUUGUAGGAUUAUGGAAGACAAGUGGCCUGUCAGAGUUUUUGUGUCUGAUGAUGACAUUAGAAGGUUCAGCUUUGACAAAAAACCAAGCAAUGUAGAAGAAUUGCUGUCUGAGCUCAAGCUUAAAUUGGCGUUGUCAUAUGAAUUCAAAAUUCAUUAUGAAGAUCUUCAACAACGCUCUGUGCAAACUGACUGAUAUGUCAGAAUUACCUGAACGACCUACAAUCAAGAUUGUGAGUUGUGUGGUCCAUAGCUCAUCAUCCCUGAGCACAUGCAGCACAGAAAUCCUAAGCCCAAGACGCACUGAAGCCCAAAGACUUAGAGAAGAUCCUUGGCCUGCAGAGUUUGAAAUCCCGGAAUUCCCUGUAGACAUCAAUUACAGACUAAGGCAGGGAGAUCUGGCUUACAUGAGAGAUGGCUCCCUGUUAAAGAUGUCUCGUGACUUGAAACAUGGGAUCUUGGAGAAACUUGCAGAAGCCAUGUACAAGUUUAUGGCUUACCCUGCUGAUUAUCACUUUGGUCAUGUGGCAUCUGCACUUAUCAAGGCACAUCCCUGUUUGUCUGAACCUGGAUCACCCACUGGAUAUUGUGUGUGGAAAAAUAGCUUGAAGUUUAAGAUGGGCAAUUAUCACACUAAACUACGAAGGUCAGGAAUGGCUGAUGUCUCAGUGAAUGGCAACAAAAGGGGGAAAGAUUUCCCAGAUGGGGACCCAACAAGCAGCAAAAUCAAGAGGCCUAAAAGGAGCGAAACAAACUUCUUGCCUAAUUUCCCCGAUGGAGAGAAUACUGCUUCUCUUGAGAAGAUAAGAGUUGAACUAGAGAUGGAGGCUAAAAAACAUUUACCUGAUGUACUUGGUGUGAAAAAGAAGAUGGAACUAACAUUCUCACUGAGGAGAAGAGAGAUCGUAGAAGAGCAACCACCUGUGAAGAAGAUGGUAGAACGCUGGCCAGCACUCUUCACAGAAACUCAGAUCUAUGAUGAGUUCUCAAGAGUUGCCAGCAAAAAUCUUUGCCAACAGUUCUUUGAAGCAUUGGACACGCACACACCCCGUCUUGUUCAGAUAAUGAAGUCCAAAGGGGGGAAAGUCAGUGAAUCCCUUGAUGGCUUUCUCAGCCAGAUUGAUAGUCAGAACAUCACUGCUAAACGGACCAUUGUGCUGCGCUGUCUGCCCGUGCUCCUUGGAGAUGAUGACUGUGAAUUCCACAGAAGUUGUUUUGAUUCAGACACAGGAGAGGACCAGGUGCCAGUGGGUAUACUGACAGUCAUCCCUGAGGACGACCCAAAUCCUGCGGCCAGUCUUCACCUCAAGCCUGCCAGCAUUGCUCUAAUUCUUGAGGGAGACAUAGUCUUGGAUGAUCUGUCUUCAUACCCUGAAGCGUUUUGCUUGUUGUUUGGCCUGAUUUACGCUUUGCAUCUUGACUACCCGAAGUCAAUGAGGUAUUCGUUUGAGUUCAUUCAGAAAGUCCAAAAUUGCAAAGCUUGA